AGCGGCGCAGAUAGAGGUGAGCGCGAGUGCUUCCGGGUGGCGGCUGUAAGCUGGGUGUCCCCGCAUUCAGAGGUCGCUCAUUGAUUCUCUGUCUCGGCUCGGAGGAGGGUCGUUCCGACUGCACAGCUCCUCCUUGUGUCUCCGAUGGCGAGUCUUCUGCGUGUGGUAGCCACCAGCUGUUCCAGCCCCCUGUUCUCCAGGCUGGCCUGUGCUAAGAGUGUCCGGACAGUGAAGACACCAUGCGUGCGGUUCUUUAGGACCCAUCAAGCCCUCUCUCGCCUCGCAAGUCCAGGCAUUCCAUACAAACAGCUAACUGUCGGCAUUCCCAAGGAAAUCUUUCAGAAUGAGCGGCGCGUGGCCAUCUCUCCAGCUGGAGUGGAAGCUCUCAUCAAGCAGGGCUUUAAUGUGGUGGUGGAGUCUGGCGCUGGAGAAUCUGCCAAGUUCUCUGAUGACAUGUAUACAAAGGCAGGAGCCACCAUCAGGGACGUCAAAGAUGUCUUUGCAUCUGAUGUUCUGCUUAAGGUGCGUGCCCCCGUGUUGAACUCCGCUCUGGGAGUUCAUGAGGCCGACCUCAUGAGUGAAGGAGCCACCCUCGUCAGUUUCAUCUAUCCUGCUCAGAACCCUGAGCUGAUGGACCAGUUGUCCCAACGCAAAGCCACCGUCCUGGCCAUGGACCAGGUGCCCCGUGUUACUAUUGCUCAGGGUUAUGACGCCCUCAGCUCCAUGGCCAACAUUGCUGGCUAUAAAGCCGUGGUCCUGGCAGCCAACAACUUUGGCCGCUUCUUUACUGGUCAGAUCACAGCCGCAGGGAAGGUCCCUCCUGCUAAGGUGUUGAUCAUUGGAGGUGGAGUGGCUGGGUUGGCCGCUGCUGGCUCUGCCCGUGCUAUGGGUGCCAUUGUCAGGGGAUUUGACACCAGAGCCGCUGCACUGGAGCAGUUCAAGUCCCUGGGUGCCGAGCCCCUGGAGGUGGAUAUGAAGGAGUCAGGAGAAGGCCAGGGCGGUUACGCUAAGGAGAUGUCCAAAGAGUUUAUCGAGGCAGAGAUGAAGCUGUUUGCCAAGCAGUGUUUGGAUGUUGACAUCAUUAUCACUACUGCGCUUAUUCCCGGUCGGAAGGCCCCUGUGCUGAUUACUAAGGAAAUGGUGGAGACCAUGAAAGAUGGUUCAGUGGUGGUAGACCUGGCUGCAGAAGCUGGGGGCAACAUCGAGACCACGGUUCCUGGAGAACUCUCCGUUCACAAAGGUGUGAUCCACGUUGGCUAUUCUGAUCUUCCCAGUCGCCUCCCGACUCAGGCCAGCACAUUAUACUCUAACAACAUCAUCAAACUCAUCCGAGCCAUCAGCCCGGACAAGGAAGUUUUUCACUUUGACAUCAAAAACGAGUUUGAUUACGGCACAAUGGACCAUGUCAUCCGCGGUUCAAUCGUUAUGCAGGACGGAAAAGUGCUUUUCCCUGCACCACAGCCUAACAGCGUUCCAGUGGCGGCACCUCCAAAACAAAAGACAGUCCAGGAGCUGGCGAAGGAAAAGGCAGCUUCCAUCUCACCCUUCAGAGCCACCCUCAACACGGCUGGGAUGUACACCGGAGGUCUGGCUUCAGCCAUCGGUCUUGGGAUAUGUGCUCCCAAUGCUGCUUUCCCUCAGAUGGUUACAACCUUUGGCCUGGCGGGAAUCGUGGGAUACCACACCGUAUGGGGCGUCACUCCUGCUCUUCACUCCCCGCUUAUGUCUGUCACAAAUGCCAUUUCUGGUUUGACUGCUGUUGGUGGCCUCUCCCUCAUGGGUGGUGGAUUUCUCCCUAGCAGCACAGCCGAGACCCUGGCCGUACUGGCUGCUUUCAUCUCCUCUGUCAACAUCGCUGGUGGUUUCUUGGUUACUCAGAAGAUGUUGGACAUGUUCAAGCGGCCCACUGAUCCUCCAGAGUACAACUACUUGUAUCUUCUUCCUGUUGGUUUGUUUGUUGGAGGUUAUGGGGUGGCUCUUCAAAGCGGCUACAACAUUGAACAGAUGAUGUACUUGGGCUCUGGCUUGUGCUGCGUGGGGGCUCUGGGGGGUCUGUCCACCCAGUCCACGGCCCGUCUCGGUAACACCCUGGGCAUGAUCGGAGUGGCCGGUGGCAUUGUCGCAACUUUCGGAGCACUAAAACCUUCCCCUGAGCUCAUGGCACAGAUGAGUGCAGCCAUGGCGGUGGGUGGCACUGCUGGUUUGACCAUCGCCAAGAAGAUCCAGAUUUCGGACCUGCCGCAGCUUGUCGCCGCUUUCCACAGUCUGGUGGGAUUGGCGGCCGUGCUCACCUGCGUGGCAGAGUACAUGGUGGAGUAUCCCCACUUUGCAACUGACCCUGCGGCCAGCCUCACCAAGAUCGUGGCCUACCUGGGGACCUACAUCGGUGGAGUCACCUUCAGCGGAUCUCUGGUGGCUUAUGGCAAACUUCAAGGUCUCCUGAACUCCGCUCCCCUUAUGCUUCCUGGUCGUCAUGCGCUGAACGCUACCCUCAUGGCAGCCAGUGUGGGCGGCAUGAUCCCCUACAUGCUUGAUCCCAGCUAUACCACUGGCUUGACCUGCCUGGGCUCCGUGUCUGCGCUCUCUGCCGUCAUGGGCCUGACCCUGACAGCCGCCAUCGGAGGGGCUGACAUGCCCGUGGUGAUCACAGUGCUAAACAGCUAUUCCGGCUGGGCCCUGUGCGCUGAAGGCUUCCUGCUCAAUAACAACUUGUUGACCAUUGUGGGUGCUCUCAUUGGCUCUUCUGGAGCCAUCCUCUCCUACAUCAUGUGUGUGGCCAUGAACCGCUCACUGGCAAAUGUAAUUUUGGGUGGCUACGGCACGUCAUCCACCGGCACGGGCAAGCCCAUGGAGAUCACAGGUACCCACACUGAGGUCAACGUGGAUCAGUCAGUGGAGAUGAUCAAGGAGGCUCAGAAUAUCAUCAUCGUUCCAGGUUAUGGUCUUUGUGCAGCAAAAGCUCAGUAUCCUAUUGCUGAUCUUGUCAAGACUAUGUCUGAGCAGGGCAAGAAAGUCAGGUUUGGAAUCCACCCUGUGGCUGGUCGUAUGCCAGGCCAACUGAACGUUCUGCUGGCUGAAGCUGGUGUGCCUUAUGAUGUUGUGCUGGAGAUGGAUGAGAUCAAUCAUGACUUCCCUGAAACUGACCUGGUCUUGGUAAUUGGAGCUAAUGACACAGUCAACUCAGCGGCCCAGGAGGACCCCAACUCCAUCAUUGCUGGCAUGCCUGUUUUGGAGGUCUGGAAGUCCAAGCAGGUCAUCGUGAUGAAAAGAUCUCUGGGAGUUGGCUACGCUGCUGUGGACAACCCUAUCUUCUACAAACCAAACACAUCCAUGCUUUUGGGAGAUGCCAAGAAGACUUGUGAUGCUCUGUCUGCCAAGGUCCGUGAGGGCUAGAGAGGAAAGAGAAGAUCUGACCUUGCUUUGCACCAGAUGAGUCACGGAGAUGAGGAGAUCGAACAAACCCAAUAAACCCUUAGAUAUAAAUUAGCACUAAUAGGAACAAGCUCUUAAUGACACUCUAUGCCCAUUUCGAUUUUGCUGUAGAUAUAGGUAGUUUAUUUAGUAAUUCCAGAACUUUUGUUUUUCUUUUCAUUAAAUGUUCUUCUUUUGGUCCCCCAUUUAAAUCAAG